CACUUGAAUCCUGGGAGACAUUCAGGCCCAUGGACAGCAGAAGUAUGGCCAACAGCCAUUGCAACUUCGAAAAGAACCAGGCCUUAUGGUCAGAUGAGACCAGUCCUCCAAACCGCAGACUUAAACACAGCACUCAGAGAUGUGAGCUAUCCUAUAUUUCUUGGAAGAAAAUGGCCAUUUAAUUGCACCACAGGAGACGCGGUUUGCAAACGCGCCUAAUUAUGCCGCAGCUUUUGUGUACCAGAGAAAGUUAACUAGUUGAUCACAUAGGCUACGUGAACCCCUAGAGGACGUUAAAUGUACUACCAUCCUGCCUGACGUCCCGCACCAGCUAUAAAAAUAUGGGUAGUCCGGAUCAUUCUUCAGAGUUCAUCCUGGACCGUGCACGGUGCACCGGCGUUGCAUUUCACCCCUUCCUACAAAUUGAAAAACAGAAGUCAAGCCGGUUGUCAAUGGAGACAACAACACAAGACCUGAGCAACUUCACCCGCCCCGUCGGAUUCUACAUCAGAGGUUUCUACGCACUAAAACAUGGAGAAUACUACUUCAUGUUUCUGGCGGUUAUUUACGUCCUGACACUUGUGUCAAAUGCAAUCUUGAUGUUGGUCAUAUGGUUCGCAGAAAACCUCCACACCCCAAAAUACAUGGCCGUGUUCAGCCUGGCAGUGGUGGACGUUAGUUUCAGCUCCGCUCUGAUUCCUCAAGCUGUUCACAUGUAUGUCUUUGGUUCAAAAUUUGUGUACUACGACCCUUGCUUGGCACAAAUGUUCUUCGUCGAUUAUUUCGCAUCGAUGGAAUCGUUUGCUCUCUGCGUUUUGGCCUACGACAGGCUCAUCGCCAUCUGUUUCCCAUUACGAAGCAAUGUUUUAAAUACCAACUGUAAAAUGAUGCUGGUUAUUACUGUGUCGUGGUCAAUACCGCUUAUCAUAGACGUGGUGAUGGUUGCCUUGAUUCCCCCUCUGGCGUACUGUAAAUCGACGAUUGUCAACAGCUUCUUCUGUGAUCACGGCCCAGUCUUUAAGAUCGCUUGCGGUGAUUAUUCUAAGAACUGGUUUAUGGCCGCUUUGACCACUAUAGCCUUGUACUUUGUUCCUUUUGGCUUCAUAGCUGUGACAUACCUGUUUAUUAUUUACGCCAUUUUGAACAUUAAAUCGUCGGAGGGUAGAUGGAAAGCGUUUCAAACGUGUUCAACGCAUUUAAUUUUGGUUGCUAUAUUUUUCGUACCUUUUUUCGUUACUUACAUCGUGGCUUGGGCUAAUGUGAACAUUGAUACGGACACCAGAAUUCUCAACACGUCUUUGUCCGGUUCUAUCCCACCACUUUUAAACCCAAUUAUCUACUCUCUAAAAACCGAGGAGAUAUUGGAGCAAAUUAAAAAGUACCUGAGAAAUCUGAAAAAAAAACUCUUCUAGCAGUUGAGAUAUUAGGCGAGCUCUUUAUUUAAGAACCGUAGGCCUACUGGAUGUAGGCUACCAGUCACUUUUUGGUUAUUUGUUGUUUUGUAUUUGAAGGAACAGUGCAGUAGUUUUCAAACCCACUCCCUGUGUAUGCUGGUUUUCGUUUCAACCACAAUUGCAAUCCCAGAAUUUUAAGAAAUUGUUAUUGUUUCUUAAGACACUUUUCAUGUUUUGAGAGAUUAUAUAUCCUCUGAAGCCACGCUAUGUAAGAAAUAAUGAUGCAUACCAUAAAGAAUAAAAGUCCCACAUUCUCAUUGUGUUAUGUUGUAAACAAUUGCGUAAAAAGAGGGCGGUAUUUUGACUGAUCAAAUUAAAGACUGAGGCAAAUCAAUAGUCUCUUUAACACUCAUGCCAACCAGUUGCCAGAUAAUGAAGAAUUCAACCAUUUAUGAAACGAAUAAAACACAUGCGUUCAACUGCCGCAAUUAAGCAAGAGAUCGGCAAUAGCAAAAGCCAGCAUACACAAGGGUCCUCAGAACCGAGAUUGAGAACGACUAGUGCAAUUGUGCAUAGUUACAUGUAUCGUUUUCCUCAAGUGACACAUUAUUUAAUGGAUUUUUAGUCAUAAAUAUAAGCCUCAAAUGUGUUUUUAUUUCAUCGUUUAGUCACAAAAUGAAUCAAAUAAAUAUUUGUGUGGUUAGAUUAAAUUAUUAGAUGAACAUCCUGUAAGAAAUAUAACGGCCAUGAAAAUAGGUGAAUCACCCUUUUUAAUUUUUUUUUUUUUUUACCAAGAAGGAAUCCAGGACACAUUUUAAAUAGGACUACAAACAAACCAGCAAAGGUUUUAGGCCCAGCAAUUAUAAUUAGGCAGAUGCUAUUAGCACCCUGGUGUCAGUAGCCAACAAUGCUAUUUGCACCCGGGGUGGAAUAUAGCCAAUGUGGAUAUUUACACCCGGGUGUAUAUAGCAUGGCAGAGACAAGCACCCAGGUGUCCAUAGCCAACAAUGCUAUUUGCACCAGGGCACACAUUAGAUACUGUAUGUGCGUAUGCACUCUAUGUAUAUUUUAGAAACAGCAUCAGAGUCCUGAUCUGCUGUACCGCGUAAAGGACAAAGGUGAGGGGGUUUUUCCAUAAGGCCGGACCAAGUCUGACAGUCUCUGCCACCCAGUAGCGGGCAUCAGGGACCGCCACAUGGACUCACAUUAACUCCGAUCCCGAGUCGUAGCGUGUUGUGCUUCAGAACCGGGACUUACAAACUUGUUAACACAACAUGUAAGUGGCUAGAGCCACAGCUUGUUGGGCUUUGUGGAAACGGGGGGCGGGGGGUGAGGGGGCCGGGUGUAAAUAGCCGAAUAACUGCCGUGUGACUAUUCUCACCCGGGUACAAAUAGACAUUCUGUUAUAAUUAACAUAACGGGAGAGGGGAAACACGCGAAUUGCGGGCUGUGAUGUUAUUUUAUGACCUAUAAAAGUCUCAGUCUUUCAUUCAAACUUAAAUUAGCUCAAAUACACCUGGUUGUGAUUGGGAACACUGGAGACCCGCUGCAAAUAUGAUUAUUUUUCAAAACGUGUUUCAUGAGAUAUAUUGACUAACGUGUUGUAGAUGUUUCGUUCAGGCAAAUGUAAUGAUGUCUUGGAGUGCACAGGACAGUGAGAUAAAAAUUAGAAAAAUUAAAUGAUAAAAAUAAAACAGAUCAAAAUAAAAAAAUAAAAUACACAAA